AAUAAAAUGGAUAAAAUCCAAUCACUAUCAUCAUAAAUAAUAUAAAAUAACUGCUCAAACGACGUUUUUGUUAACGUCUAACUUGCUCCCCCAGAUCCGAUUUUAGGAACAGCAAUAGCAUAUAAGAACGAUUAAUCAAAAGACAAGAUGAAUUUAGGAGUCGGAGCAUACAGAGACGAUAACGAAAAGCCUUAUGUAUUCAAAGUAGUAAGAAAAGUUGACUAAAUGUUAUCUAACGAUCCUACUUUAGAUAAAGAAUAUCUUCCUAUCGACGGUUUGGCAUAAUUUAACGAAUUAACCAAAGCUUUAAUUUUCGGAAAAGACAGUGCUGCCAUAAAAGAACAAAGAGUAGUGACUGUAUAGGCAAUUUCAGGUACCGGAUCUUUAAGAAUCGGAUUCGAAUUUUUAUAAAAAUUCACUCCAGGUGAAGUUUAUGUAAGUAAUCCUACAUGGGGUAACCAUCAUGAUAUAAUUAGAUGUGCUGGAUUGACUUUUAAAAAUUACCCUUAUUACAAUGCUUAAAAAAAAGGACUCGAUUUUGAAGGAAUGUAUAAUACUUUGGCGUAAGCUAAGGCCGGAUCAAUUGUAUUAUUACAUGCGUGUGCACAUAAUCCUACUGGCUAUGAUUUAAGUGAAGAUUAAUGGAGAAAAUUAGCGGCUUUAAUGAAAUAAAAUAAAUUGUUCCCUUUCUUUGAUUCAGCUUAUUAAGGAUUCGCUAGUGGAGAUUUGGUCAAAGAUGCCUUUUCAAUUAGAUUAUUUACAGAAUUAGGAUUCUAGUUAGUAGUUUCUUAAUCUUUUGCCAAGAAUAUGGGAUUAUAUAGUGAAAGAAUUGGAGCUUUCCAUAUUGUUUGUGCUAAUAAAGAUACUGCAGUUAAAGUUUUGUCUUAAAUAAAACUCGUUAUUAGACCUAUGUAUUCUAAUCCUCCUGCUCAUGGGGCUAGAAUUGCAGCUAAAAUUCUGGGAGAUCAAGUAUUAUAUAAUGAAUGGUUGGAGGAAUUAAAUAUGGUAUCUAAGAGAAUUAUUGAUAUGAGAAUUGCAUUUAAAAAUGAAUUGGUUAGAUUAUAAACACCAGGAAAUUGGGACCAUAUUACUUAAUAAAUUGGUAUGUUCUCGUUUACAGGAUUAACACCGGAACAAUGUGAUGUUUUAAUUAAUAAAUAUCAUAUUUAUUUACUUAGAAGUGGAAGAAUUUCGAUGUGUGGAAUUACAACUAAAAAUGUUGGAUAUUUAGCAGCUGCCAUAAAAGAUGCAGUUGUUUCUAUUUAAUAAAAAUGA